GGAGUGAUAGGACAGUAAUGGCCCAUCGGCUGGCGGCGGCAGCUUUGUCGCCAUCUUUGGCCGCCCUGUGGAGGGGCCGCUGCCACAGUCGCGGACUCACGAAGCUGGCACCGGUCCGGCAGUGGUUUCAGAGAGUCCAUCCAGGAUGCGUCACAUCCUUCCAUCACGGGUUGUGCUCCAAGCUUCCUGAAGGCUUUGAGAAGAAAGCUGAAAAGAGUCCAACAGACGCAGCUCCCGACAACAAAGAGCCUCUUGGUUCUAAAGAUCUCAAGCACCCAAAACAUGCUGGGGGCAGCGGUGGUGGAGGGAGCAAGAGAGGAAGGAAAGAGGAGGAUUUGGGGUGGCAGAACCGCGUGCAGAAGGGAGAGUUCCCUUGGGAUGACAAGAACUUCCAGUACCUGGCUGUCAUGGGAGCUGCAAUCAUCUCAGGGUUCUUCUACUUCUACUGGCAAGAUUCGGGCACAGAGAUCAGCUGGAAGCACUUUGUGCAUUGCUACCUGGCCAGAGGAUUGGUGGAUCGACUGGAAGUAGUGAACAAAGAGUUUGUGCGGGUCGUCCCAAUCCCUGGAGCCACCUCAGAGAGGUACGUCUGGUUCAACAUUGGCAGCGUGGAUAGCUUUGAACAAAACCUGGAGAGAGCUCAGCUGGAGUUGGGGAUUGGCAGUGCGCACCAGGUUUCUGUCGUCUACGGCACGGAGAGCAAUGGCUCCUUUCUCCUGACAAUGGCACCCUCUCUGCUGCUGAUGGGCUUCCUGCUGUUCACUCUGAGACGCAGGCCAAUGGGAAGCGGGCACAGCAGACGACGGGGAGGGAUCUUCAGCAUUGCAAAGACAACAGCAAAGGUCCUGGAAGGCAACAUCGAAGUGCAGUUCAAAGAUGUGGCCGGCUGCGAAGAAGCCAAGCUGGAGAUCAUGGAGUUUGUGAACUUCUUGAAGAAUCCCAAGCAGUACCAAGAUCUCGGGGCCAAGAUCCCAAAGGGAGCAAUGCUCACAGGCCCUCCGGGUACAGGCAAAACCCUCUUGGCCAAAGCUACUGCAGGAGAAGCCAACGUCCCUUUCAUCACCGUGAACGGCUCUGAGUUCCUAGAAAUGUUUAUUGGAGUUGGACCUGCUAGGGUUCGGGAUAUGUUUGCCUUAGCACGGAAGAAUGCCCCUUGCAUCCUCUUCAUCGAUGAGAUUGAUGCCAUUGGGAGGAAGCGGAGCCACGGGCACUUUGGGGGCCAGAGCGAGCAAGAGAACACCCUCAACCAGCUGCUAGUAGAGAUGGAUGGGUUCAAUAGCAACACAAACGUUGUAGUGCUUGCAGGCACAAACCGGCCCGACGUCUUGGACCCGGCGCUGAUGAGACCAGGACGCUUUGAUCGGCAGAUUUAUAUCGGCCCACCGGACAUCAAGGGCAGAGCAUCCAUCUUCAAAGUCCACCUCCGACCUCUGAAACUGGGCGCAAAUAUCAGCAGAGAUGCUCUGGCUCGAAAGAUGGCGGCCCGGACUCCAGGAUUCACAGGUGCCAACAUCUCCAACGUUUGCAACGAGGCUGCCCUCAUUGCCGCACGGCACGCCAGUCCCACCGUGAACGAGAUGCACUUUGAACAGGCCCUCGAGAGGGUCCUUGGGGGGCUUGAGAAGAAGACCCAAGUCCUGCAGCCAAACGAGAAGGCCGUAGUGGCUUACCAUGAAGCCGGACAUGCUGUGGUUGGCUGGUUCUUAAAGCAUGCAGACCCUUUGGUGAAGGUCUCCAUCAUCCCCCGGGGGAAGGGCCUGGGCUACGCACAGUACCUGCCUCAGGAUCGCUGCCUCUACACCCGGGAGCAGCUCUUUGACCGCAUGUGCAUGAUGCUGGGGGGCCGUGUUGCAGAGCAGCUCUUCUUUGGCCGGAUCACAACUGGUGCCCAGGAUGACCUCCGGAAGGUGACGCAGAGCGCCUAUGCCCAGGUUGUGCAGUUUGGCAUGAGUGACAAACUGGGCCAGGUCUCCUUCGACCUUCCGCAGCAGGGCAAGCUGCUGGCCGAGAAGCCCUACAGUGAAGCCACCGCGGAGCUGAUUGACGAAGAGGUGCGUGCCUUGAUCAGCACGGCCUACGAGAAGACCCUGCAGCUGCUGAGUCAGUGCCGUGGCCACGUGGAGAAGGUAGGAAAGCGUCUCCUGGAGAAGGAGGUCCUGGAGAAGGCAGACAUGGUAGAGCUUUUGGGACCAAGGCCCUUUGCAGAGAAAUCCACCUAUGAGGAGUUUGUUGAAGGGACUGGGAGCUUAGAUGAAGACACCUCCCUCCCUGAGGGCCUGAAGAACUGGAAUCUCAACCAGGAAGAGGAGGAGAGCCAAGGAGAGAGAGUCCAGGAAAAGUCAUCGUAGGAGAAAAAGGACUGGCCUGGAUUGAUUCAUGUGGCACAUUGUUCAUUGGUCAAGUGCUGAGGCCCAUUUCUCAGAGGAUCAGCUUCCAGGUGGAGCAUCGCUCUUGGAUGCUGUGAUGGGGAUGACACUGCGGAGAGAUCAGCUGAGCCUUGCUUUGCUUGAAAUCAUGGAACACUCUCAGGCUUCUGUUCCACUAAAGCACCAGCUGCAGUGAUGGAGGGCCUUUGUCUGCAGCAAGCAACUCUCUUCCGUUCUCCCUCUCCAACAAAGGGCAUGAACUAGGACAGCUGCUUGAGGAAGAGACAGGCAGGGCCCACCUCCUGAAUUGAGCAUGAAUGGCCUCUGUGCUUCUAGUAAAGCUACUGCCUAUCUGACCUCACAAGGUGCACAGACUUGGCAGUCUGGGAAGGUAAGAACAGGCCUGGAAUAUCCUCCCCAGUGAAGUGCUCUGCCCCAAGGGACCAAGGGUUGCCUUAUUGUGCUCCGUGUUUUCACUCCAGCUUUCCCCUGCCUUCUCCCUGCCCCUCCCACCACCAGUUUGUCUGGCAAACAAGCAAUAAUGAGACUGGAAAGGCCAAACAGAAGAACUGCUGUGAAUCCCAUGGACUUAUUGGUGGUGGGUGCGAAACUGGAAAGGCUUCUUUGCAGGAGAGCAAGGGGCUGAAAGUGGGUAGGGUCUGUGGGGAAUAAACCCCAUUGGGAAGGGUCUGAAUAGGAGCAUGGUGCUAGUUAAAAUGGUGCUACUUGAAUCCUACACCUCUUGCCAUGUUGGCAUCAGAGGCCCCAGAGGAUUAUGGGAGCAGGAGCGCCUAGCAUAGCCAAUAAGCCAUGGCUGCCCUGUGCACCGCAUCCACUGAUUUCCAAUUGCCUCUGGAACUACCUCUCUCUCUUGCAGUUAUUUUUCACCCCCAAAUGCCUUCCCCACAGAGGAGGUUUUGCCUUGAUGGAGAGCCAGGAAGUGGGUUGCAACUUCCUCCCAGUCUUUUGGAUGAUUUAUAUUUAAGACUAGCCUGAGCAGCUCAGGGCACCUUUUGACCAUUACUUUCUGCUGCUUUUGCAUAGGAAGUGUCAGCUGUGAUGGACAAAUGCUUUACGAGCAAGCCAAGCCAUCGCCCCCUCCCCAUUGGCUUCAGGGCUCCAUCUACUGGGUCAGCCCAUGGCCCCGCUCACCACCCACCAUUUCUGGCGCUCCUUUCAUGGCACCUCAGUCUCAGUCACCAAAAAGCUUAGAAUUCCACCUCCGGCAUGCCUGGCAUGUGUCUGGGCCUGAACUGGGCCUGCACACCAUUCUUUGCCGCAUCCCUCCUUGCAUAGGGAGCAAAAGUCACGCUGUGCUUGUUGGUAGCAAGCUGCCUUAUACCGAUGCAGACUGUUGGGCCACCUAGCCCAGUUCAUUCUACUCUGACUAGCAGCUAUUCCCUCAGGCCUUCCGCCUAGAGAAGUUUUUCCCAGGACUGAUUCCUGGGGCCCCUUAAUUUGAGACUCCGGGGAUUGAACGCAGGACCUUCUGCAUGCACAGCCUGCACUCUGGCCCUUCCUUGUUCCAAGAAGGGGAACAUUUUACCAGCCUCGCUGCCCAGGUGAUUCCCCCAUUCCUUGCCAUCAGCAACGUUCCCUGAGAAUUGCACCCUUCCUCUACAACCUGUGGGGAUUUUGAUGUGUGUUGUGUGGACUCUUUUGUAGCCCUCGCUGUAGCGGCUUUGCCCAGCAUUCUCCCAGGUACCAGGGCAGUCUGGGUUUUUCCUGUGCAAUGCCCACUGGACAGAGGUCGCCCUGAACCGCCUACCCCUUGUUGGAAACCCUCCUGGCUCUGGCAUUGACCUGUCCAAAGAGUUAGACCCGCUGGAGUCCGGCUGGCUUCUGACAAAUUGACUUGCCAGAAAGAACAUUUACUAACUCAGCAGAACUCUGCUGGCUUUAGUGACAGUCCUAUUUACUGCAUUCAGAGACCAAAAUAAGUUUGGGCGGCCCUCCUCCUCCUCCUAGUACAGGCAACAUCUGCUGUGUGCUGAAAAGGGCCUUUUUCCUCCUUGAGUACCUUGCAAGGAGUCACACACUCCCUCACGCUCCGUAUGGGCUGCAGCUAGCUUGCUUCACCCCCACCCACCCCCCGUCUCGCAAAACAGGAUUUGGCCUUCCCACUGAGUUCCCUUGGUGGCACAAAAGUGUUCCAACUCCUUCCAUUCUACCCGUUGUCCUGCUGUUGUACCUUCACCUUUCUCUUUUCGUGACUGCCCUUUUCAUCUUAGGAAGUGGCCCUCAUUGGUAUAGGUCGGCCAUUUGUCCCUCUUGCCAAGCAAUGCUCUCUGCUCCAGCCUUCCCCAACAUGGUGCCCUCCAGAUCUUUUGGAACUAUGUCCUGGCAAGAGCUGGGGAGAAUGGUUUUGUCUGUUUUUAUAACUGCAUGUUCCUUAUGGUGAAGGGGCAGGUAAGAAAUCUUACAAAGUAGAUAAAUAAAUAGUCCCUAGCAACUGGGAGCUACCAGGUUGGGGAAGGCUGCCCUUCUGUGACUGGCACAGCUCUCCAGGGUCUUGAGCAGAGGCCAUCUUGACGGUGUGCACCUCAGAGACGUGUCUCCCGCUUGUGCUGCGCUCUCUGUGCUGCACAGCCUUCCACAGAGGUUUCCCCUUCUCUCCUUGUCAGAUUCCACACACAUUCCGUAGGUUUAGCUCUGUAUAAAAGAAGAGGCAGGGCGCUCGAGUGUGUGCAAAUGUAACUGGAUUUAAAAAUGAAACACACGCAAGCGCUAAAGCCAGCCUCACCAAAAAGACAGAUUGGUGGGUUUUUUUGCAGAAGAAGGAAAUGUGUGUCUUUUGUAAACAGAGGCAUAGGUUACGGAGGCCUUUGCAGGCAGGUCUGGAUGGAGGGCUGUGAGGAGUGAUGUACGAAGCACCAGAAGGGCCCAGACAGCGAUGGUGUGAUUUGUCAGUGUGGAUACAACCUAACACAUACCUCGGGUAAAAUGGGAGAUACGAGGAGGCUGAUAGAGGAGACAUGCAGCAAAUGUUGAUGAAGCUACUUGUAAGUGAUAACAAACGAACCUGGUUGGCCAAGUAGCCCCAGUCGGUGUUACCAGCAGGAAGCAAGAACACUGUUUGCAAAAAGCAGGCUUUGAAGACUCUAAAGUUGCCAACGAGGGACCAUCACCACCCCAACCCCGCAUUGUGCUGCAGAUUCCUGCUUUAGCAGCCUUCCAUGCAAGGAGCAAGGAAGGAAUUCGUUGGAUUUGGGAAAUAAAGUGUAUUUAUCUGACA